AUGCAAGUCUAUUUCAUUUUAAUCGCACUUUUAUUAAGAAUUGUAGUAUCGGUGAUAGCGAAUAUUGAUGGUCCUAUACCAUAUCAAAGUACCUGUGAUCCGUCAACAGAUAACGGUACAUGUUCAAAUAGUACUUUUUGUCAAUGUGCGACAGCAACAACAGGAGAACGAGUUUGUACACAACAAAUGAGUUGUGAAUAUGGAACGCCUUGUAAUUCGAAUGAUACAUGUGUCAAACCAAAUUCAACUUGUAUUAUUGAUAAUCGAUGUCCUGGAAGACGUUUGUGCUAUUCAAUUGUGUUAUUUAGUCCGGAACUUUGUCCAAAUUCCGUUAUAGCUGAUGGUGGAAGUGUUCGAAAAUAA